AGAGAGGGAGAGGGAGACGGAGACACACACACAGGAUCCGAAGCAGGCUCCAGGCUCUGAGCUGUCAGCACAGAGCCCGAUGAGAGGCUCGAACCCACGAACACCGAGAUUGUGACCGGAGCCGAAGUCAGACGCUUAAUGGACUAAGCCACCCAGGUGCCCCUUUUCAACACCAUGUGUCUCCUGAGAGCCACGUGUGCUGUGGUGUGCUCUGUCACCAGGAAUGUCCAGUUGGGGCUGUUGCAGAAGAGAUGGUCAUGCCAGGGACAAGUCCACCCUGUUCUAGACAAGCUCCAAAGCUGGGUUUCCUCCUAGGACACCAGGAUUUUGGAAGCGGGUCCCACUUCUGUCAUGGUGUUCUGCUUUGUCUUCCCAUCUGCAGCUGUGAGAGCUACUGCCCCUUGACCCCUCUGGAAGAAACCCUUCCGCCUUUCUUCGCAGAAUCGUGGAGUCUUGGACUUGAUGGAAACCGUGGAGGCACUCUGGUCCGGCUUCCUCCCCAGCCAGUGAGGGAAGCCCUUGUGCAGCUCCCUGAGACCUCACCCACCCAUCCUUGCUCAGAACCGCCAGGGAUGCGCUGCCCCCUGAGAGCCUCUCCUGCUGUUCCUUAGGAGGACAGGUCGCUGCCACUGCCACUACUUCUGUCAACCUCAUUUUUACUUUAUGGAUCUUUCCCUGAUGUGAAGCUCCCUACCUGGACACCACUGUAGUCAGGUCAGCGUCCUGUAGCUUGGAGACCUUGGUUCAUUCCAGCACAGGCCCCUGCCUGAAGAGAGCCCCGGCCCGGCCCGGCCCGGCCCUACCUGCUUCCUGGGGCAAGGCUGCCUAGUCUUCCCCCGUUGCGACAGUUCACUUAACUCAUGGUGUGAGUGGCACGUGGCUGGCUUAGGUGUUUGGAGAGUGAACGCCAGGUCCCCCCCUUGUCCCUUCAGCCCCUCGGACCUUGAGGAUACACCUGGCUCCACAAUGGCAGCAGAGACCCUCAAUUUUGGGCCUGAGUGGCUGAGGGCCCUUUCCAGCGGUGGCAGUGUGGCCUCUCCACCCCCGUCCCCUGCCAUGCCCAAAUACAAGCUGGCUGACUAUCGCUACGGGCGAGAAGAGAUGCUGGCUCUCUACGUCAAGGAGAACAAGGUACCCGAUGAGCUGCAGGACAAGGAGUUUGCUGCGGUGCUGCAGGAGGAGCCACUGCAGCCCCUGGCGCUGGAGCCUUUGACUGAGGAGGAGCAGAGAAACUUCUCCCUGUCAGUGAACAGUGUGGCUGUGCUGAGGCUGAUGGGGAAGGGGGCCGGCCCCCCCCUAGGUGGCGCCUCCCGCGGCAGGGGCAGCACUCGGAGCCGAGGCCGAGGCCGUGGUGACAGUUGCUUUUACCAAAGAAGCAUCGAAGAAGGCGAAGGGGCCUUUGGUCGAAACCCCCGGGAGAUCCAGCGUAGCCAGAGUUGGGAUGACAGAGGCGAGAGAAGGUUUGAGAAGUCGGCCAGGAGGGAUGGAGCGCGAUCCGGGUUUGAGGAGGGAGGGGCUGGCCCGAGGAAGGAACAUGCCCGCUCAGAUAGCGAGAAUUGGCGUUCUCUCCGAGAGGAGCAAGAGGAAGAGGAGGAAGGCAGUUGGAGACUUGGGGCAGGACCCCGGCGAGAUGGCGACCGCUGGCGCUCAGCCAGCCCUGAUAGCGGUCCCCGCUCUGCUGGCUGGCGGGAACACGGGGACCGGCGUCGCAAGUUUGAAUUUGAUAUUCGAGGGGAUCGAGGAGGGUGUGGUGAAGAGGAGGGGCGGGGUGGGGGAGGCAGCGCUCACCUGCGGAGGUGCCGAGGGCCUGACGGCUUUGAGGAGGACAAGGAUGGGCUUCCCGAAUGGUGCCUGGACGACGAGGAUGAGGAGAUGGGCACCUUUGAUGCCUCUGGGGCCUUUCUGCCUCUCAAGAAGGGCCCCAAGGAGCCUAUUCCUGAGGAGCAGGAGCUCGACUUCCAGGGCCUGGAGGAAGAGGAGGAAGAACCUUCUGAAGCGCUAGAUGAGGCGGGCCCUGAGGCGGGAGGGAAGGAGCUGACCCCACUGCCUCCCCAGGAGGAAAACUCCAGCUCCCCACCCCCACUGCCCACCUUGGGCCCGCUCUGGGGAACUAACGGGGAAGGCGACGAUGCUACAGAGAAAGACCUGCCGGCGACUGAAGACGAUAUGAGGGGGAUGCAGCUGAGUCCCGGGGUGGGCUCACCCCCUGGUCCACCCGGAGAUCUGGAGGAUGAUGAAGGCCUGAAGCACCUGCAGCAGGAGGCAGAGAAGCUGGUGGCCUCCCUGCAGGACAGCUCCCUGGAGGAAGAGCAGUUUACGGCUGCCAUGCAGGCCCAGGGUCUGCGCCACUCAGCAGCUGCCACUGCCCUCCCUCUCAGCCACGGUGCGGCCCGGAAGUGGUUCUACAAGGACCCACAGGGGGAGAUCCAAGGCCCCUUUACAACACAGGAGAUGGCGGAGUGGUUCCAGGCGGGCUAUUUUUCCAUGGCACUGCUUGUGAAGCGGGGCUGUGAUGAGGGCUUCCAGCCACUGGGUGAGGUGAUCAAGAUGUGGGGUCGCGUGCCCUUUGCCCCAGGACCCUCACCACCCCCACUGCUGGGCAACAUGGACCAGGAGCGGCUGAAGAAGCAGCAGGAGCUGGCGGCCGCGGCCUUGUACCAGCAGCUGCAGCACCAGCAGUUUCUGCAGCUGGUUGGCAGGUACGGGGGCCUUGAAGGCCUUGUGGGUCAGGCCGGGCGCCGGCUGUGUGGCCUCUCCCCGCUCGACACCAGUCUCCGUGUCUGCAGCCGGCAGCUCCCGCAGUGCGCGCUCCGGGAAAAGGCCGCUCUGGGGGACCUGACGCCGCCCCAGCAGCAGCUCACUGCGUUCCUACAGCAGCUGCAAGCUCUCAAACCGCCCAGAGGCGGGGACCAGAACCUGCUCCCGACCAUGAACCGGUCCUUGUCGGUGCCGGAUUCGGGCCCCCUCUGGGACAUACAUACCUCAGCCUCAUCACAGUCAGGCGGUGAGGCCAGUCUUUGGGACAUACCAAUUAACUCUUCGACUCAGGGUCCAAUUCUAGAACAACUCCAGCUGCAACACAAAUUCCAAGAGCGCAGAGAAGUGGAGCUCAGGGCGAAGCGGGAGGAGGAGGAGCGCAAGCGGCGGGAGGAGAAGCGCCGGCAGCAGCAGCAGCAGGAGGAGCAGAAGCGGCGGCAGGAAGAAGAGGAGCUGUUUCGGCGCAAGCAGGUGCGGCAGCAGGAGCUCCUGCUGAAGCUGCUGCAGCAGCAGCAGGCAGCGGCCGCCGUCCCGGCGUCCCCCGCACCCAGCUCCCCGCCACCGUUGUGGGCCGGCCUGGCCAAGCAGGGGCUGUCCAUGAAGACGCUGCUGGAGCUGCAGCUGGAGGGCGAGCGGCAGCUGCAUAAGCAGCCCCCGCCUCGGGAGCCGUCGCGGGCCCAGGCCCCCAACCACCGUGUGCAGCUCGGGGGCCUGGGCGCUGCUCCUCUGAACCAGUGGGUGUCUGAGGCUGGGCCACUGUGGGGCGGGCCCGACAAGAGUGGGGGCAGCAGCGGUGGCCUGGGGCUCUGGGAGGACACCCUCAAGAGCAGCGGGAGCCUGGCCCGCAGCCUGGGCCUGAAGAACAGCCGGAGCAGCCCCUCUCUCAGUGACUCGUACAGCCACCUGUCAGGCCGGCCUGUGCGCAAAAAGACAGAGGAGGAAGAGAAGCUGCUGAAGCUGCUCCAGGGCAUCCCCAGGCCCCAGGACGGCUUCACCCAGUGGUGUGAGCAGAUGCUGCACACAUUGAGCACCACAGGCAGCCUGGACGUGCCCAUGGCUGUAGCGAUCCUCAAGGAGGUAGAAUCCCCCUACGAUGUUCACGAUUAUAUCCGGUCCUGCUUGGGGGACACGCUGGAAGCCAAAGAAUUUGCCAAACAGUUCCUGGAGCGGAGGGCCAAACAGAAAGCCAGCCAGCAGCGGCAGCAGGAGGCUUGGCUGAGCGGCGGCUCCCUGCAGACAGCCUUUCAGACCAACCACAGCACCAAACUCGGCCCUGGGGAGGGCAGCAAGGCCAAGAGGCGGGCUCUGAUGCUGCACUCGGAUCCCAGCAUCUUGGGGUACUCCCUGCACGGACCUUCUGGUGAGAUCGAGAGCGUGGAUGACUACUGACCAGCCCGUCCCACCAGCCCCUGGGCUGUAGGCCAGGGGCAGCAGCAGCGGCUUGGACCCUUGGGUCCCCAGCCUGCAGGCUCCCCACGGGAGCAUAGGAGGAAGCAGGGGCAGGGUCCCCAGCACUUGUUACAAACCACACGAUGCACCUUAACUCACCCACCACGAGGCACUUUACAGAUUGGGGGGGGAAGGGUUUUUGGUUUUUUUGUUUUUUGGGGUUUUUUUUUUUGUUUUUUCUUUUUUUAAAAAGCAUUUUAAACCGCAUUGAAGAAAACUGUUAGGAGAGACAAAAAAAAUUGUUAAAAACUAGACUCUAAGCACCCCUUCCCCCUGUAGGGACAGUGAGGGUGACAAUGGAAGGUCCACAGAGGUCUUUUGGGGUUUUUUUUGUGUAUGUGUGUGUGUGUGUGUGUGUGUGUGUUUUGUUUUUUGUUUUUGUUUUUUAAGAAAAAAGAAAAUGAAAAAAAAAAAAAAGGUUAGGAGAUUUAAGGAAAAAAAACACACUGUUAUUUUGGGGCAGUGGGGACACAGGCCCCAUGGACCUGUCCUGCCUGGCCCCCAAGGCUGCACUUACCCUCCCUGCCCCGCAAGGUGGGCCAUUGGGGUAACUGGAAGCUGGGGUGCCAGCAGUUUGCACAGCGAGGCCCCCUCAGCCCCGCCGGCCGGACCCGCUGUGAACGGCUCCCUUUGUUGCUGUGACCGUGGCAGAGGUGUCCGUGGUGGGGGCCAAAGUAGCCCCUUGGCUUUGCUGCUUUAGGGGAAAGUUGCACAAAUGGGCCGGGCCGCCUCAGCUCUCUAGGCUGCCAUCCUGUGCUGGCUGACGGUGGGGAGGGGGAGAGGGCCAGCCGGUGCCAAUCUCUUCUGGCCGUCAGGGUGACAGAACUUCCACUCUGGCCCUGGUGAGGGGCUUCCCCCACUGCUGCCAUUUGGGGGGACGGCCUGGGUGUGAAGCUGAAAGCCUCAGCUCCCUGCCUUGCCACAUGAAUGUAUUCUUUGGGCCACAAGCCCCUGCUGCGCCUUCUGCCUCAACCCCGUGCGAGGUGGGAGUAGAGCAGUUCCUCCGGGAGGUGGAGAGAGAGGCACCACUUACUGACUGUUUUCUCCUGUGAAAGGGGCAAGAGGAGGGCCUAGGAGGCCAAGGGAGUGGGCAGCAUGGGGCUUCGGGUUGCAGUGUGGGGGCUGUCAGAAUGGAGCUCCCCCCGCCUGCAGCCAGCUGUGUGGGAAGUGGACCACCCAGCCCUGCUCUGAACCCCCCCCCCCCCAUUGACCAAAUGGGAGAGGAGCCGGUGGCCUCUCCCCCUCCCUGCUCCCCUGAUGCGUUUUUAAUGUUGGGUAAGGUGCGGGGGUCAAGAAUAGAAGUGUUGUCUCUCCUGGGUCAGGGGAAGGCCACCCUUCUGUUGCUCACCAACUUCUCCUUCCCAAUCACCUGCCUGGGUUUGUCUCCAUUUGUGUGUGUUUUUCUUUUCUUUUCUUUUUUUUUUUUUUUUUUUUUUUUUAACAGUUUGUUGUAUCUUUUGGGUUUCUCAUCUAACUUCUCCCAUUGACCUCAUUGCUCAGAGUGCAGUAUUAGGGCAGGAAUCUGCCACUGCCUCCCCUCCAUGAAUGUAUUUGUCCUUCCUGCCCUGGGGAAAUGGGGAGUGGCCCAUUUUCUUUCCCCAUCCAUUCUUAGACCACAUUUUUUUUGUUCUUUUUUUGUUUUGUUUUGUUUUGCACCAAAGUGGCAACUGGGUCAGUGUUGGGGGAUAAAGCUGGCCUCGGGGGUGGAGGGGCACCCUCCACCUGCUUCUCCCUGGUUUCAACAGUGUUAGCGUCCGUGAAAAGACAAUAUUCUCUCUAAAGCAAUAAGGGGGUGAUGGGCCAGGGGGAAAUGUCUUGCUGCUGCUGGCCCCCCAGCUCCCCCCCCUUCCUCACGCCAGUAUUUGGCGGCAUUAGAGGUGUCGGGGGGAGUACUGUUGUGACUGAAUGUAACCGCCCCCACCCCUGCCGCAGCUAAUGCAGGGGAGGGGGGUGACACUCUUCCCUGUUUCUUCCUUCCCCUUCCCCCCAGCUAAAGAGACUUUGAACUUAGGGGGCCCUUGAGCCUGGAGAGGCCUUAACCCUGUGAGGAAGUGUAGGGGGGGCCCUCUCCCACCCCCAUCCCCUUCUGAGAGUGGUCAAUGUUUACAAGCCCCUGAGCCCCCCAGCCCAGGGACUCCACCCCCAUUGCUGUCCUUUCCCACCCGUCUUCCUGGGCCCCAGCUGCUCUCCCACCCUCCUGGGUUGGGGUGGGUGCAGGGGCUGUUCUGUAUCCCCUUGUCUGCCUUGGACCCACAAUCUCCCCCACCCUCACCCUGUGUGACUCCCCUCUCUUCUACCUGCCCCUGUAAAUAUUCCCCUUCCCCCAAUAAAACUUGGUGUGUGUUCUCCCCUCUUGA